AAUAAAGAAAAGGUACUUUGAUUCUUUCCAAGGCAGUAAAAACAGUUAAGUUCGAAACGCGAGAAAGUAAAGACCUCCACAUAAGUUAAAGCGGCAUUUGUAACGAUUACGGGAAUUAAAAAAAAAAUACGAAAAACAAAAAAGAAAUUUUGACAAAACAUAAAACAUAACAAAUAUGAAACACGGGUUUCAAAAUAUUUUAAUAUUUUUAUUUUUAAUAUGGUUUCGCUGUUUAGCGGGGCAACAAACUAAUGCGGCCUUAUUCGUUUUGGAUUUUUUACGACGCGGUCAAAAUGAUUUAAAUUUAGAAAUGAAAGAUAAUGAAGUGAAAUUGUUGAAAGAGUAUGAUUUUAUAAUUGUGGGAGCGGGCACGGCGGGUUGUGCUUUGGCCGCGCGUUUAUCGGAAAAUCCUAAAUGGAGUGUUUUAUUGCUGGAAGCAGGAGGACCAGAAACUUUGGCCAUGGAUAUACCGGCCAUGGCUCAUUUCCUACAACUGAGUCCAGAAAUUAAUUGGCGUUAUAGAGCCCAAGCAUCGGAUAGAUAUUGUUUGGGUAUCACCAAUAAUCGUUGCAACUUUCCACGCGGUAAGGUGAUGGGUGGUUCCUCGGUUUUAAAUUACAUGAUGUAUACAAGAGCCAAUAGAAGAGACUAUGAUCAUUGGGCUAAACUGGGCAAUGAGGGUUGGAGUUAUAGAGAUGUUUUGCCUUAUUUUAAGAAAUUUGAAGGUUCUACGGUACCAGAUGCGGAUAAAGAUUAUGUGGGUCGUAAGGGGCCGGUUAAGGUUUCCUAUACCGAUUGGAAAAGUCCUAUAGCUCAUGCUUUUGUUAAAGGUUUACAGGAAGAUGGCCUGAAGAAGCGGGAUUAUAAUGGACGUAUACAGCAGGGAGUAUCCUAUUUGCAAAGUACUACUUAUAAUGCCAUACGUUGGAGUUCCAAUAGAGCCUAUUUAUAUCCCCUCAAGGGCAAAAGACCUAAUUUGCAUGUACGCAAAUAUGCUUUAGUAACAAAGAUACUAAUAGAUCCUCAAACUAAAACCGCCUAUGGCGUGAUAUUUGAGUCUCAGGGUAGAUCUUAUCAGGUGUUGGCACGCAAAGAAGUUAUAGUAUCGGCUGGUGCUAUUAAUACCCCUCAAUUACUGAUGCUGUCGGGCAUAGGUCCGGCCAAACAUUUAAGAGAAAUGGGCAUUAAACCUUUGCAAGAUUUGGCAGUUGGUUAUAAUUUACAAGAUCAUUUUGCUCCUUUUGUUACUUUUCUCACUAACACUACCAGUUUACAUUUGGGCGAUUUCUUUGAGGUAAAUAAUAUAUUGGAUUUUGGACGUAAUACCGGACAAUUUGGUACACCUGGAGGUGUGGAAGCUAUAGCAUUUUAUGAUCUUGAUCAUCCUGGUAUAGAAGAUGGUUGGCCCGAUAUGGAACUAUUUCUUAUAAGUGGUGGUCUCGAUACCAAUCCUGCCACCAUACCGGCUUUAGGUUUAAAGCGUGAUAUCUAUAAUGAUUUAUAUGGCGAUAUUAUUAAAAAAGAAGCCAAUGCUUUUGUUAUAUUUCCCAUGAUCCUACGGCCACGCAGUCGUGGCAGAAUAUAUUUGCGCAGCAAUGAUCCUCAUAAAUAUCCCAUAAUCUAUCCCAACUAUUUGGCUGAUCCCUAUGAUUUAGAUAUUGUACUGCGGGGAGUUUACAAAACUAUAGAUUUAAUGCAGCGACCCGCUUUUAAGAAGAUCAAUGCCCGUCUAUCACCAGCUACUAUACCAGCCUGUCGUAAAUAUGGCAACACCAAAUCAAGAGCCUAUUGGGAGUGCUAUAUACGGCACUUGACUUUUACCAUAUACCAUUACUCCGGCACAGCUAAGAUGGGUCCUAAAACAGAUAAAGCCGCCGUUGUGGAUGCACGUUUGAGAGUUUAUGGCAUAAAGAAUUUACGUGUAGCCGAUGCCAGCAUUAUGCCCAAACUAGUAGCAGGACACCCUAAUGGACCUGUCUAUAUGAUAGCUGAAAAGGCAGCCGAUAUGAUUAAACAAGAUCAUGGCUUCAUAUGAGAAGUUUCGGGCAUGAAAAUGUGUUAAAUUAUUUUUAUUUAUUAAAAUCUUAAAAAAUGGAUUUCUAAAGUACAAUUAUUGAUAAUAUUUAUUUAAUUAAUUAAUUUAUAACUUUACAUAAAGUAAUUAUUGUUUGUUGUAAAACAAGUUUCCUUAGAUGAAGUCAUUUUUUGUUAUUUUUUUUAAAGAAUUUUACUACAUAGAAUUUAGUAAUUUAUUAAAAUGAAAAAAUUUUUUAUAUUUAUAAAUAACCAAAAGUCAUUUUACAAUUAAAAGAAGAAAA